CUUGACCUGAUUUGGUAGAUAUUUAGAUGAGAUACAAGAGGACUUGUAAGUAUUUCCGUUAGAACUUUCAUGAAUCUUUUCCAUCCUAAUUUGCUGUUUUAAAGAGUUUCCGCCAAGCGAUUGGUCAUGUAUCUUGUAUGGACCUUGCUGUUUCUACCUGUGUCAGCACAGCGUUGGACUCUGUUUGAUGAGCAGUCAAAGCCUAAGCGAGAGGGCAGAGUGAGGCUUGUCGGAAAUCUGCCUUCAUCUGGUCGUGUGGAGGUCUACCAUGAUGGACAGUGGGGAACAGUUUGUGAUGACGGAUGGGACCUGGCUGAAGCACAAGUGGUGUGUCGUCAGAUGGGUUUUCCUGGAGCAAUCUCAGUUACACCUGGAGGACAAUAUGGUGAAGGCUCUGGUCCAGUCUGGCUGGAUGACAUGAACUGUAGAGGCUCGGAGAGCUUACUGUCUGAAUGCUGCUUCAAAGGCUGGGGUGUUACUGACUGUACACAUAACGAGGAUGCAGGAGUGAUCUGCGAUACUGGUGCAAACAUAACCAGCAAUCGUCAGUUCUCUGUGGAUAACAGUCUGGGUUUGUCUGAUGAUCUUGGUCUUCUGUUUGACAGUGGAGAUGGUUGUGAUUUCAACAUUAAUGUACGAGACCUCAGUGAAGAGGCAGAGUUGACUAUUUGUGCACACAGUAUGAUCCUCAUGAUUUAUUCAGAACUAAACAUAACAAAUGAGUCCAGAAACCUCACAGUGGAUGUCAGCCAGGCGUGCCAUCCUUAUGUCCCUACUUUUCUCAGGUAUUUGUACACACGUGAAAUUGAUGUUUCCAUCACAUCGGCUCAAUGUCUCCAUCAGCUGUCAUUUAUCUUCGGAGUGAAGACACUUAUGGAGGAUGUUGGCAGGAUGUUCACUUCACUCCUUCCAGAAGACAACACCUUCCGGACACAGGUAUCAAUGUACGAGUAUGGCGUCCGCACAGGUGACCUUGUUCUGCAGGAGAAUGUCCUUCAGUAUCUUUCCUGGAACUGUGAGUUCCUCAUAAACUCUCCGCUGUGGAGCACCAUCACCUUUCAAAUGAUGGACGCUCUGCUGCAGCGCUCAGACCUGGUUGUGGAGGAUGAAGCUUUACUUCUUGAAGCUCUGGAGAGAUGGAUCCAAGACAAAAGUGAUAAAAUUAGUUCAGAACAACAGGCCAGCCUCCUGAAUCACAUCCGCUUCCUCCUGAUCCCAGUGGAUAAAUUGUAUGAAAUGCAGUUUUCCUCAAGUGUUCUCCAUCAGAAUAAUGACAAACUGUACCUAACUGGUCUGCUCAGAGGUUUUCAGUUCAAUGCUCUCCCUUUCUCUAAGAUCAGGAAUAAAAUGGAUAACAUGAGUAAUGAUUAUCUGCCCAGAAUCUACACUGGUAAAGAGUGGAGUGUAUUUAUCAAUGACACAACCAACAUUUACCCCUACUAUCACUACAACUACAACUAUGGCCAAAAUAACAGAAUCCAAUCCUUCUCCACUCCUGCACACACUAGUGCUCUUUACAAAGAGCAGAUGGUCCAGUGGCAAGCCCAGGUUUUUCUUAGUGUUCAGGAAUGCUAUAACUAUGGUGUCUCAUGUGAUUCUUUUCCUGUUGCAAGGUUCCUCGCAAAUGGCAAUCAGAACAGUUACGCUAACACCAUUCGCUUCAGCAACAGGUUGAUUCUCACCUGUAAAAAUCAAAACAAUGUCUUUCAUGUUCAAGAAUUUAAAAACAGCAUGGCAGUGAUUCCAACCAACAGCAGUAUGGGCCUGCCUAACCCCUGUCCUGAUGACUACAGUUUUAGAUUUGUUGUGCGUCCAGAAUACAUCUAACUGCACGCUGUUGACAUCAGGCCAUUUUCUGCCACUGUUUUAGUUUGGCUCUGUUUACUAAAAUCAAUCAAAUUAAUCUUCAAAUUAAUCUUCAAAUUAAUCAAUAAUCUUCAUUUAUAAUGUUCAAUGUCAGUUUAUGAUCAUUUUAAAAAUAAGUGAAGGGUUUUCAUUUAACCAUUUUGAUUAUUUAAUG